AUGUCUCAGUUACAAGGCUAUUCGCAAUUCAAACACUUCAAUGUGUCGUCCCCGUCCGAGUUCGUGGCACAUGUCGAAAUCAACCGCCCGAAGAAGCUGAAUGCUUUCUUCGAGGAGAUGUGGGUGGAGGUUGGCCAGAUCUUUGACAAGCUGUCCUACGACCCGGACGUGCGCGCCAUUGUCUUGACUGGAGCUGGAGACCGUGCUUUCACCGCCGGUCUGGACGUCCAGGCUGCCAGUGAGAGUGGACUUACCAGCACAUCCGGGACAGAUGGCGCAAGAAGGGCAACAUCACAGAGGCGGCAUGUCCUUGAGUUCCAAGAGUGCAUCACCAAGAUAGAGAAGUGCGAAAAGCCUACCAUUGCUGUCUUGCACGGCAUCUCUUUUGGCCUGGCAAUCGACAUGUCUUCUUGCUGCGACAUCCGGAUCUGCUCCAAAGAUGUCAAGCUGUCUGUGAAGGAAGUCGACAUUGGUUUGGCUGCUGAUAUUGGCACGCUAAGCAGACUGCCCAAGAUCGUUGGCAGUUUAUCGUGGGCUAAGGAGCUUGCAUUGUCCGCCAGGAUAUUUGGCGCCGAAGAGGCUCUAGCCUUUGGCUUUGUCAGUCAGGUGCAUGACAGCAAGGCCCAGUCUGUGGAUGCCGCGCUCAAAAUCGCGGCUCUCAUUGCUACCAAGAGCCCGGUUGCGGUCCAGGGAACUAAGGAGUUGAUCAACCACGCAAGAGACAACACGGUCGCUGACAGCCUCAAGUAUACUGCGGUGUGGAACUCUGCAAUGCUGCAGUCUGACGACGUCAAGUCUGCAUUAUUAUCAGGUCUCCAGAAGACGAAACCGAAGUUUGCCAAAUUGUAA